AUGCAGUCUCUAUCAUAUCUUUCAGAGGACGAAGUUUCAAAUCCCUUGCCGCCUUUAAUAUCAACUAAUUUACGAGAAAAACUAAUCGCUGAGCAGGUUUGUAUCGAUGGUAUCACACAUAAAAAUCUUAAGAAAAAGUCAGUAGUACGUAAGGAAAAUGAUCACCACAUAUUGAAAAAGCAGCAGGACAUAGGACUUAUAUGCAGCCCAAGUGUACUGGAUUUAGAAAUUGACGAUGUGGAAAUAGUUAAAAGGUUACGAAUAUGGAGUGCUAGCCCACGUUCAAUUUACCUUCACUGUUGCGGAUUCUGGGAUGAGACGUGUCGCCUUGGAGCAUAUUGGAAUUUCUACCCGCGCACCAGGUUUAACGUAGUUCCAGGCCUUCCAAUUGAUAUCUACGUCAAAGCUACACCUCGUGACUCCAGUCAUGUACCUUAUGCGACGAUAGCACUGCAACUAGCCGCCGCCUUUAAAAGAGAUCUCAUUGUUGCCUACUUUGUUGUACCUAUAAGAGUAAAAUUUUUGAAAUAUUUAUCACCGCCUCGUUUAGAGGAAUGUGAAUAA